AUGCUUUCAUUAAGUGCAUUGGCCAAUUCGUUCAGUUUUGUAUCAAGAUCCCAAAUCAGACGGUUAGGAACCAGUUUAGUAGUGCAGAAUUAUAAAGUACGAGAUGACUGUUGGAAAGAUAAACUAAUAGCAGAGAAGAGGAGAAUUAAGGAAAACAAGCCAGUUAAUACGAAGAUCAAGACUAUGAAGACGCUUAAAAACUCUAAGAAUCCUACACGUUAUUUGAGACGAAGUUUUGUGAGAAAUCAUCGAAUUGAAGAAAACGGACAUGACGACCUGGAAGAUUUUUUGAGUAAAAAAUACCUGAAGGUGAAGAGUUGUACUACGAUUACAACUGGAGAGGGUUAUGAUCUCAAAGAAUGCAUGCGAUUACUUGGCAAUCAAGGUUUUCGACCAACGAACUUGAUAACUGAUGAAAUCGUUACAUUUAGUUAUCAGGAUAAUGGCAAUAAGGGAGACAUCAUGAUUUUAGGUCAGAACGGCUCUAUUGUAAGUUGGGGUUUUGAUGAAUCUAGCGUUAGAAACAAAAUAGUUCCUUUGAUUGAAGCAGCAAGUAUAAACCCGCUGAGUGCCCAAAACUUUGAGACUGAGGAUAUGGAUUAUGUGGAAUUAGAAAAGAACCAAGACCUUGAGAAGUAUUUUAAUCGCAAUAGUAAGUUGACGCCGAAAAACGCAGAUCAAAGCUUUCUUUGUGGGGAUUUGAUUCUAAUUAACUCGUUAGAUUCUGAUCAAGGAAUGCUAGAUAAGGCAGCAUUUUCGAGUGGUCUGUCGAGAAGCACCAACUUGGCAGUCUUAGAAGAAGCGAUGGAGAAGCAUAUAUUAAAGACCAGGACAAUAACAGAAAAUAUUUCAAGGGGAACAAAACUGAACUUAAAAUCAAGCGACGCAUUAAAGUCAAUAGGCCGACUUUUUUUAAUUAGAGGGAAGUUGAAUCUUUAUUCGGAACUAAUUGAGACGCCUGAUCUUUAUUGGAGUGAGCCUCAGUUAGAAGAGAUUUUUAAGAAUGUUUCGAGGUAUUUGGAUAUAGCACCAAGAAUUAAUAUCCUGAAUAGCAAGUUGGAUUACUCCACAGACGAAUGUCGAGCCCUCAUAUCUCUUUUAAAUGAGAGAAACAGCACUUUUUUGGAAUGGAUAAUUAUAUACCUGAUUGCUUUUGAGUUGUGUUUUGAAAUUUAUCAUUUCUACCAAAAACAUUUUUUGCAUUGUUCAGAAACAAUGGAUAAAGGGCUUUACACCACUAACUAA